GUGCAAAGUCAUUGGUCAAAAUAUUGACAAGCUUGAACUAAGCCUAGACUACGAACCCAAGAUUGGCUGAGAAAUUGGAAAAAGGGUCCCUCUAGAUAAUUCAGGUGUUUAAUCAAUUGUCGAUAAACGAACCCCAAGAAAAUAAUAAAAUGCCAUUCGAGUCCCCCCUUUCCUGAGUAUACCGCUUCUCGACAACCGCAACAACAUCCUUCCUUCAACAACUUUCUUAUCUAUUGUUUCUGGUGUUGAUACCAUUAUUAUUAUAUUUUUUACUGUCAUUUCUUUACGGCCUUUGUAAUUACCUCUUCCAUUUCAAAUCAUUCCUUCAACCCCUCAAAGGCCACUCAACAUGGCACCCUCCAAGAUUGAGCUCGAGAAGCAGGAUAAGGCCCGCGAUGCUGCCUUCAACAAAGCGAUGCACGGAGAGACUGCUCAGCUUAAGGGUGGUUUCCGAGCUAUGAUUAGCAAGGGCGGAAAGGGCACCGAUGCGCAAAAGGCUGCUGUUGACGAGUACUUCAAACACUGGGACAACAAGAAUGCUAAGGACGAGACUGAGGAGGAUCGUGCCAAGCGAACAGCAGAAUAUGCCACUUUAACGAGGCACUACUACAACCUCGCUACCGACUUAUACGAGUACGGCUGGGGCCAGUCCUUCCACUUCUGUCGAUACUCCCUGGGCGAGAACUUUUACCAAGCCAUUGCUCGACAUGAACACUACCUUGCACACCAAAUCGGUAUUAAGGAGGGCAUGAAGGUGCUGGAUGUGGGUUGCGGUGUUGGUGGUCCCGCCCGAGAGAUUGCCAAGUUUACUGGUUGUCAUGUCACCGGCUUGAACAACAACGAUUACCAAAUCGAGCGUGCUACUCACUACGCCGCGAAGGAAGGUCUCUCAAAUCAGUUGACCUUUGUCAAGGGAGAUUUCAUGCAAAUGGAUUUCCCCGACAACACCUUCGACGCUGUUUACGCCAUCGAGGCUACCUGCCACGCGCCUAAGCUCGAGGGUGUCUACAGCGAGAUUUUCCGAGUGUUAAAGCCUGGUGGUAUCUUUGGUGUUUACGAAUGGCUCAUGACGGAGGAUUACGAUAACGAUAACGUAGAGCACCGUGAAAUCCGCCUUGGUAUCGAGCAGGGUGACGGUAUCUCCAACAUGGUCAAGGUUUCUGAAGGCCUCGAGGCCAUGAAGACCGCUGGAUUCGACCUAUUACAUCAUGAGGACCUUGCUGAACGCCCCGACCCUAUCCCGUGGUACUGGCCCCUUGCUGGUGAGUGGAAAUACAUGCAGUCAAUAUUCGAUACGUUCACCAUUGCACGAAUGACAUGGUGGGGUCGUCUGAUUGCGCAUAACUUCGCUGGCUUCCUAGAGAUGACUCGCUUGGCACCGGCGGGUACCAAGAAGACGGCAGACAGCUUAGCUCGCGCAGGUGAUUGUUUGGUUGCAGGCGGUGCUAAGCAUCUCUUCACACCUAUGUACCUGAUGAUUGGAAAGAAGCCGGAGCAGAAGUAAAGGGGGGGACUGUGCCAUGAGGGCGUAGGAGAUACGACUUUUUAGCCGAGGACGAACGAGGUGCUUAUAAGCACAGUAAUGAAUAAAGACAUAACGUCCAUGCCUACCUACAUAAUAUUACUAAUACGAGUUUCCUUGGGGGUCCCGAUGGGUUAUUUAUUGAGGAAAAUAGCCUUGACUACCUAGGUACCUGGUAUAUAAGAUAUAUUGCAAAGAGGUAUUGGACCCCUAGGUGCUCAUCGUUAGAGCACAUCAUUUUGCAGCAUAUACUAGCGACUGAAAUAAAAAUUGAUCAGACAAUGA